AUGCAUGGCCUCCCCAAACGAGAGACAGGCGCUGACACAGGCCCCUCCGCAGCCGUUUCCCCGGAGUUGUCGUCUACACCGAGAUCUACCAGGGUGGGCCUCUCUCAUGACCACCGCGGCUCCCCUCACCACACCCCCCUCCCUUCUUCUCCGGUCGCCACUGACAGCCGCGUCUAUGUAGUCACCGGGCCCGUCGCCCGGUUCGCCCGCCAGAUCGCCGGCCACGGCUACAUCGUCGCCGCCGUCAGCAGCUACCACGACUUCACCGGCCCCGAGCCGCUGGCCUACGACGGGCCCGGCACCGACCAGGGCAACGCGUGGAAGGUCGAAAAGACGCUCGAGUCCUACGACGCCGACACCAAGGCCGCCGUGGACUACCUCCUCGGCCUGCCGACCUGCACCGGCCGCAUCGGCAGCACCGGCAUGUGUCUCGGCGGCCACCUGGCGCUCCGAUCUGCGCUCGACCCCCGCGUCUCCGCCACGGUGGCCUACUUCGCCACCGACGUGCACACGCGGACCCUCGGCCCCCACGCCGCCGCCGACACGUCCGCCGAGGGCCCCCGCGACAGCAACCACACCAUCGACCGCCUGCCCGAGGUCCGCGGCGAGGUCGCCAUGCUCUUCGGCGCGCGGGACACGCACGUGCCCGGGCCCGGGCGCGACCUCGUCCGCGCCAAGCUGCGCGCCGCCGGCGUCGCCGCCGGCUUCUACGAGUUCCCCUGGGCGCAGCACGCCUUCAUCCGCGACGAGCUGAGCAAGGGCCGCUACGACCCGCCCGUCACCAGGAUCUGCUUCGAGAUCCUGCUCGAGCUCUUCACCCGCGUGCUCAAGGAGGACCUGGGCCCCCGCGAGGAGGUCGCCAAGCCGCUGGAGCAUGUCUGCUAG